GUGAUAAUCCUUGCGAAUGUCAGUUUGGGUGUAACAGGCAGAAUGAGUGAACUUAAGGUUUUGACUCGAGAGCAAAAGCAAUGUUACAAUGAAAAUGGAUUUAUUAAGCUGUCCAAUAUAUUCUCUAAGAACGAAGUGGACGAAAUAUCAGAUGCCUACAAUGAACUGUUCGAACGUAAGCAUAAAGAAAACUUGGAAGGUCUGGAAUCUGCAUGGAAGGGCGACGAUAUGAAAAAAGAAGCAAACUAUACUCCUUACACGGUGAAGUCUAUUCACGGGCUGCAGAUGCAUAGUGCAGUUUUUACCCGGCUUAUAACACACCCAAAAUUACUGGACGCUCUUGAGGACAUUAUGGACACGAAGGACAUUUUAUUACAUCAUACCAAAGCUCAUAUCAAGCCGCCCGAAAAGGGCGCUCCUUAUUUGAUGCACCAAGAUUACCAUUAUUUCCCGUUCAAAAAGCAUUCGAUGCUGGCCGUGUUCCUGCACCUGGACGACACAACUCCCGAAAACGGUGGCCUGGCUGUAUAUCCUGGAAGUCACAAAUUGGGCCCUCUGCAGGAUCACGGAUUGUCGGAUGAAAAAGGUGAACGAUACCACUAUGCAGACCCGAAGAAAUAUCCUCUUUCCGGAGCGACUCCAGUCAGCGCAAAGAGAGGAGAAAUUCUCGUAUUUUCGUAUUUACUGCUCCAUGGAUCCUACUUAAAUUUGUCAGCAAGAAGCCGCCGUAUGUUCCUGGCGCAAAUAAGAGCUGCCGACGAUGAGCCACUCGAAGAUGUGCAUAAAUCUCCGUGCCAAAAUUUAGUUCUUCGCGGAACAAAUAUUUAUCGGGAAGCGACCAUGGCCACUAGAUUUGCACAUUGAUUCAUUAUUUCUGUGCACGUUUGUCCUCAUUUUUACUUUUCUCCGUAUCCUACAUCACCUACAGAUGAGGCAAUAUUCGAAAAACUGAAUCGAAACGCAAAAUAUAUUGGAAUGCGUGCUAAUUACUAUAUGGAAGCGGAAUUAUUCCAACGGGCAGAAUUUUGAAGUUGGAUGCCAAACCAUAGAGGAAUCGUGACCUAAAUAUAUUAAUUCCGUAUCCGAGUAGUUGGGUAUACAUAUUUGAUAAGGAAAGAAAAUUUGCUGGAGCAUGUUCAGAUUUUUGGGCGAUAGGAUCGGGAGUCCUCCGUCGCGAGUAAGAAUAAAUAAAAUUGAAAAAAAAUGCCACGAGAGGGCUUGGGUACCUUGGAAUUAGAAUUAGAAUCAGUGGCGCAAAGCACAGGCCUGGCUCGGUCACCCGAAGUCCCCAAGUCCCUUUUAAAUCCUAUACUUGGGGGCUCGUCCGGGUAGAGUUAGGAGUCCAUUCACCCGAAGUCAGUGGCAAAGAGAGAGAAAUAUUUAGAUUUCCGAUCGAUACCUAAAUCAUACCAAUCUACGUUAAGUUACUAAACUAGCAUAGUAAUUGCCGUAACCGUCUCUAAGGAAGUAUCGCUAGAAAACCCCAUGUGUCCUCGAGUUACCAUACGAUGUAGGAACGAUGUAGGAACGAUACAGGAGUGCCAGAAGUUUAAGAAAUUACGAUCAUACAUUUUUCUCUCUAUAGUAUAUAAUAAAUAACAAUAAAGAAAUAGAUAAUCCUUAUCGGGAUGAACACCUUGUUCAUUUAACGUCAACAGAAACUCCAUUAUAUCAUUUGUGACAUUUCGUUGUUUUCUAUAAUUAUUAAGGUUAUAUUUGAGAUACGCUUUUAGACAUUUUAUUUCAUUUAUAAAGUCUUAGAGAUAUUUAAUUAUGAAUACUACAGACAGAGAUGUGCAAGUAUCGAUUCAUGCCGAAGACGACAUGCAGGAAAAUCUAGAAACAUUUCGUGAUAUAGACGAUACCAACAGCAAAACCAGUAUGUUAACACUUGUAAGAAAUUAAUCAAAUAAUGAUGAAGGUGGUACUGUUAUAAUAUCUCUCCGUAGAGAUUUUGGAAGCUUGAUGGCUUCGCAAUAACUUCACUCGGUUAACCAGAUUGUUAUUGUUUUAAUGUAAAUAAAAAAUAUUUAGUUCCUA